CCGCUGAGGGAACGGGCCUAGGCGGCCGGGUUCCGGCGGGAGCGGGCCCCAGGCUAGCGGAGGGGAUCAGCGGCCCCGAGGGAGCGAGCAGGACCCCGCCACGAGCGCGUUUCCGGCCUGGGGCGGAAGCGCGCUUUGACCCCGGAAGUGUCAGGCCGGGGGAGGCGGGGCUGAGCUGUCAGAGCCGGGCUCGCCGGUAACGGACCGGAGCGACCGCUCAGCAAUCUAUUGGUCGGCAGCCUAAUUUUCAUAGGUACUGAGCAUCCAUAACUCCUGUUGACCUCAGCUGGAGUUCUUGAGUUUAGCACCAAGAAAAUCAAGCUGCUGUUUUUUUUAAAGACAGAGAGAUCUCCGCACAAUGCCAGUAUUGCCCUUGGAUGAACUCCAGCUGACAGAAACGGAUCCAAAGACAGGGAAACUGAGGACUUUACCAGCAUUGCAUCCAGAAAUGAAAGCUGAUCGGUCUUUUGUGCUAUAUAAACCACCCCCUAAAGUCAGAGACCCUGCUCUAGUGGAGGAGUUCUUGGAACGAGCAAAGUUCAUUGCAGAUGAUCUGAACUGGCUUCUGGCUUUGCCUCAUGAUAAAUUUUGGUGCCAGGUCAUAUUUGAUGAGACACUUCAGAAAUGCCUGGAUUCAUACCUGUGCCAUGCCCCUCGCAAGUUUGAUGCAUCAUUUGAUUUCCCUCCGGAGGUGAAUGACAUGCAGAAAUGCCUUCAUCAGAGUGUCUUCCUAACCUUCCUCAGAAUGUCCACUCACAAGGAGUCCAAAGAACACUUCAUCACACCCUCUGUUUUUGGAGAAAUUCUUUACAAUAACUUCCUGUUUGACAUCCCUAAGAUUCUGGAUCUGUGUGUGCUCUUUGGGAAAGGAAAUGGCACCUUACUUCAGAAGAUGAUUGAAAACAUCUUCACUCAGCAAUCCAGUUACUUCAGUGACUUGAAUGAAACAGUGCCCACAGUCCUCCAGGUGUUCAACAACGUUCUGCAGGAGUGUGGCUUGCAAUGUCACGGGGCCUCAGCCACGCCCCAGAAAUUGGAAGAAAGAGUCAAAGUGACUCCUAGUGCCAUGCCUCUCCAGGCAUUGAAGGAUAUCGUGCUGUACUUGUGUGACACUUGCACUACCCUUUGGGCCUUUCUUGAUGUCUUUCCCCUGGCCUGUCAGACCUUUCAAAAACAUGACUUCUGUUACAGACUGGCUUCAUUUUAUGAACUCGCAAUUCCUGAACUGGAAUCUGCAAUUAAGAGAAGGACAUGUGAGGAUAAGAGCUUACUGGCUGACUUGUGGAGGAGGCUUUCUCAUUCCAGGAAGAAGGUGGUGGAAAUCUUUCAUAUUCUCAUUAACCAGAUCUGCCUCCAGCCCAUCUUAGAAAGCAGCUAUGAGAAUAUUCAGCCCUUUAUUGAAGAGUUUCUGCAGAUCUUCACCUCAGUGCUUCAGGAGAGGAGGUUUCUUUGUGACUAUGAUGAGCUGUUUCCUGUCGCAGAUGAUGUGAGUCUGCUUCAGCAGGCAUCCUCUGCCUUGGAUGACACCCGGACAGCGUAUAUCCUCCAAGCAGUGGAAAGUGCCUGGGAAGGUGUGGAGAGGAGAAAAACACCAGUCGUUAAAAGCCCACCUCCACCAAUGGUAUCUGAUGGAGCUUCAGCAGUGGUGGAAAAUGCUGCUAAGGACUCAGAAGGGCCUGAUGAUGCAUACAACUUGGAGUAUGAUUGUGCUGGAGCAGCUGCAGCACCCGCUGCCAAGGUCUCGGGGGUGGAGUUGGAUUCUUUGAUCUCUCAAGUGAGAGAUCUGCUGCCUGACCUAGGGGAGGGCUUCAUCUUGGCGUGCCUGGAGGAGCACAGCUACAGUGCAGAGCAGGUGAUAAACAACGUCCUGGAGGACAGGCUGGUGCCAUCGCUGGCCAAACUGGAGCGAACAAUGCCAAGGCAGGUGAAGACAGAACCAACCUCUCUGUUGACUUCUCGAUACAACAUCUUCCAGGAUGAUGAGUUUGAUAUAUUCAGCAGGGACUCAGUGGACAUGUCCCGGGUACAAAAAGGCAGGAGGAAGGACAAGGAUACGACAGAGAGUUUACUGAAUGACAAGCGCCUGAUAGCUGAGCAGAAGGAACGCUACAGCCAGUACAGUGUGAUUGUAGAGGAGGUCCCUGAGCAAGUGGGGGAAGCCCAGUUCUAUAGGGUUGACUACGAGGAUGAAUACGACGACACCUAUGACGGCAACCAGGUGGGGGCGAAUGAUGCUGACUCAGACGAUGAGCUGAUCAGUAGGAGGCCAUUUACCAUCCCUCGAGUCCUGAGACCCAAAGGACAAGAGGAAGAGGAGGAGGAGGAGGAGGAAGUGGAAGAGCCUGAAAAGGAAACAACAAAGCAGGACCAUUUUGUGCAGGACCCAGCAGUGCUGAGGGAGAGAGCUGAAGCCAGACGGAUGACUUACCUUGCAAGGAAAGGGUACAAGCAUGACAACACCUCAGCUGUUGUAGGGAACGCCAAGGGGCAUGGACAGAGCCGGGAUACAGUCCAAGACCGAAGGAAGAAGGAAGCCAACAAAGGGGCAAGAGCUAAUCAUAACCGCCGAGUCAUGGCUGACAGGAAACGGAACAAAGGCAUGAUCCCUUCCUGAGGGAGGGACUCUUAGCCCAAGGCAUUGCAUUGCAUUCAGGCCUUCACUUCUGGGGGCCUCCUGAUCUUCAGGUUAUGGUGCAAUACCCAGCCCUUGGGAGAGCUUUCCAUUUAUGAAUAGGAACUGCCUAUCAGGCAGGCUUGCUGCUGUGCUAGUUGUCAAUGCAGCAGCAGGUCUCUCAGAUGCAUAGGACAGGCUGCAACAGCCAUUCAGUUUUUUUUUUUUUAAACUAUUUGUAACAAUUCUGUGAGAACUUAUAUGAAAAUAAGAAACAUCCCCCCGCCCCAACAACUGCCUGGGGCAUCCAAUCAGCACAGCUAAGAGCACUUAGAAUGAGCACUACAACUGACAGUGAGGUUGGCCUGUGCCGUUAGCUACAGCUGCCCACUCCACCCACACAUGGUGCCUUAUCCUGCAGUAGACUCAUGGCAUGUAUAGAAGCAAAUGCACAACAGGCCAUUCCUCUUGCUGACAAAGCCCUAGGAGUUCAACUGUACGAUGUACUUUAAAUUCCUCUCCCUCGAGCGAGAAAUGUGUAUAAAAACAUGCAGAUAAAGAAUUUGAAUCUUU